AUGCGGGACAACAGGAUGCAGGACGCAGGACGCAGCAGCAGGCAGGACGCCACCUUUUGCAGCUGCUUCCAUGUGUUCAUGGCGCAAAUAAUCGCCGUCAUCAACAAAAACAAAAACAAGAUGCCCGCCCAGGACCAGGAUGCAACGGCAGGACGGUGGCAACGGUUGAAGAUGGAAGUGGGUUAGACCCACCUACUCUCCCAAAAAGAUGAGUUGAAAGACGUUGACGCUGACGCCAUUAGCACCGAGUUUUGCAGCAUCAACGACAAACUUUAA